AGUACCUGACUCAACUGCAUUAUCUGGUGCUCUCUUUGCUUGGGCGUUGCUAGGCUACCUACAUGUACCCAAGCGGCUGCUCAGGUGCUGCUAGGGUUGUAUGGAUCGUAAGGCUCUGCUCUGGCUAAGGCAGCAACAAUCAAUCCAAUUCCAAAGGCUGCACAGGAUUAAUGUGGUACCAGGCAGUACCUUGCGAUACGAUAAAGCUGUCCAGCACCUUCUAGUGCCUUAUGGUGGGGCAUCUGUGUACCCGCUACCAACCCGGCUGCGGCAGCCCUUGGAGAAUCAGAGGUACCAGGGACCCCCGCCACUGCCCCGCGAUGGAUUUUUUUUCUUCUCUGCUGGGAGCUGGAGGGGAGAUGACAUCAAAGGAGGGGGGGAAAGAGGGGAGGGGGGAAAAGCAGCAAAUCUGAGCUACGAGUACCUGAGGGUACAUGGGCAAUUGGAAGCUUCCACGAAGAGAGAACAAAAAAACAAAAAAAAAAAAUGCAAGGGGCAAGCAGGGAAAAGGCGAUCGGGCACUGAUCAAAAAAACGCAAGGGGGCUUUUCCAGCAGGCGCGCGCAUGGUCUAGGCGUUUGCAGUGCCUACCAGAGGCUUCUGGGAGCCCCUGCAAGAUGCCGGUGUGGGCACCCUUGGAAUAGUGUAGAACCGCAUCGAAACCCUCCCGCCGUCCUUUAUUUAGAUGCUCUCUGCAGCCCGCCAGCAACGCCGUUUUCUUUUUCCCGAACAUACUCUCUCAAACACUUCAAUCUUCACACAU